AUGAAUAGCCUGAUAACCAAAUUUAGCCACUGUUCAACCAUCCUCCAGUUCUACGGCACCUUCGCUAUCUGUGAGAAGUUACUCAUGAGAUUAUCCAGUAAGAAAAGGCAGAUGUGGAUUGAUAACAGAGAAGCGUUUCUCAACUGCAUCGGCUUGAAAGGUGUUCCCAAAGAUACCAUGGAUUUCUGACAAGAGUUUAAUUACGAAAUUGAGAAGUUUAUGCUUGAUAAUAAUAGAUUUAUCAACUAUGAUUUCAUCAUCCGGCUGAGCAACAGUGAGACUCUUUUCCAGCUCAUCAGCUUCUUAGAGAAUAAAAACUAUAGGCAGUUUGGGAUAGAGUCUAACAAAAUCCCGAAGAAUUACGCCCAGUUCCUUCGAUUCAAGAAAGUUGAAAUUUUAGAGGAGUCUUUUAGUGUUGAAUUUGUGAACCAAGUUUAUGAAGCUCUCAAGAAAUUCAAUGUGAAUACUAAGUGUCUUCGCUACGAAAUGCCUUUUAAUUUUAGCCCAGCGAAAUCAGCUGAGAAGCUCGAAUACGUAGCUCAAAUUACAGGUCUGUAUUUGGCUAAUGACUUUAAAAGAAUUGGAGUCUUAGAGACAAGAGAAGAGGUAAAUCAUAACACAAAUAGGCUGUUCUGGUUGUAAUUUUCUUGUUAGAGUUACUCAUUGCUUAAUAAUCAUACUUUUAUAGCCUUCAAAAGAGGAGAGGAAGGAUGAUGAGGAGGACAAGAAAGAUGACGUUAAGCUGGAUAAGAUUACAACCCAAGUGAGAGAGUUAAGAUGCAGAACCAAUUUGAUAUUUGGUUUAUACAGUUACUUAAAUCAACUCUCUGAAGAAGUUUAUAUUCAUCCAAGGUUUAGCAAAAAUCUGCGAACUCUUACCUUCAUUGACAUAGACGUAAAAGCAAUUACUUCAGAAUUUGAAGAGGAAGAGAAAGAUAAUAAAAACCAUGAUGUAAUGGAACUGGCAACAAAUGUGCAAAAACUGCGAACUAUUUUUCCAAGGCUUCAGAAUAUCAACUACGAAUGUGUGUGAAUAAAGUUUGAAAUCCAUAUGUUCCGUUAUCUUGAUAUAGUUGCUCAAGAUGGCACACAUAGUGUUCAAACUAAUACCUCUCAAAAUGAGCUAAAAGACUUGAGUAAAGAAGCUGAUCUUAUACUUGGAGAUUCUUACGUGUACCUUUACUCAAAAAUGAUUGAUUUAAAUAAUUCUUAAAAUGUCCCAAGGAUUCUAAGUGUUUAUACAUAUCUAGCUUGUUGCCUGACGAAAGUAUAUUAAUUUCAUAAUCCAUAUGCAUUUAUCUUCUAAUAUCCUGAAUGAAUUUAAAAGAAAUUAAAAUGUACCAAAACUUCAAGUUUGAGCAUCUUAUUUAUCUCAAAAUUUAGG